AUGUCAACCCUGAGUUAUUCCAUCUGUCCAAUUAAAUUAGUUUUUGCAUGCUUGGUCAUCCUUCACUUGCUCUCCCGCUCUGGAAUUAAUGCUGCUUCUGAUCAAAUGCAUGCAGCAUCAAGCACUGGAAGUGAAGGGAAAGCUCUUUUAACAUGGAAAGCCAGUCUUGACAAUUAUAGCCAAUCUAAGUUGUCAUCCUGGUCAUCUUCUGCAAAUCCUUGCAGUGCCUGGGAUGGAGUUCGAUGCAACAAAGCAGGACGAGUAUCGGUAAUUAACAUCACUAGUUCUGGCAUCAAAGGUACACUUGAUCAUCUCAAUUUCUGGUCUCUGCCCCAUCUCACUACGAUUGAGCUUUCUCAAAAUGCACUCCAUGGGACUGUACCAUCCAACAUUGGGAACAUUUCUAGACUAACCUAUCUUGGCUUGGAUGCAAAUCAAUUUUCUUGUGCCUUUCCAAUUCAAAUGAGCCAGCUAACCAAUCUUAGGUUCUUGUACCUUUCCUAUAACUCAUUCCAUGGAUCAAUCCCUACUUCUAUUGGCAAUCUGACCGACCUAGCUGAGCUAGACCUAGGAAGCAACAAUCUUUCUGGAUGGAUUCCAGAAGAGAUUGGGAAGCUCAAAUCUCUGACAAAACUCUCUUUGGCUAACAAUACGCUCACAGGUCCGAUUCCUCUAUCUUUUGGAAACUUAAGUGACCCGACUCUUCUGUAUCUUUACGGAAAUUAUCUUUCUGGGCCUAUUCCCAAAGAAAUUGAAAACUUAACAAAACUAAAUGAAUUAGAUCUUUCUAGGAACCAGCUAUCCGGUCCCAUUCCAGAAGAGAUUGGGAAGCUUAGAUCUCUUACUAGACUCUCUUUAGCUAGCAACAAGCUCACAGGUCCGAUUCCUCUGUCUAUUGGAAACUUAAGUGGCUUGACCGUGCUGUAUCUUUCCCAAAAUUAUCUUUCUGGGCCUAUUCCCAAAGCAAUUGGAAACUUGACAAAGCUAAAUGAAUUAGAUCUUUUUGAGAACAAGCUCACAGGACACAUUCCUUCUGCUAUAGGAAACUUAACCAACCUCGUUGAAUUGCAACUCUCUCUAAACAACUUGUAUGGGGCAAUCCCUCUCGAAUUGGGAACAUUGAAGUCACUAGCUUAUAUUCGUAUUUUCCAAAACCAGCUAAGUGGUGCUCUUCCGGAUGGAUUCAACAAUCUUACACAUUUAAAUGUGCUACAGCUGGCGAAAAACUAUCUUACUGGUCAUUUACCCCAAAAUAUCUGCAUUGGUAGCUCACUGACGAGCUUCAUAGUACAUGAAAAUAAUUUUGUCGGUGCUAUGCCAAGGAGCUUUAAAAACUGUUCUAGUUUAAGAAGUAUUGGCAUCGCUAACAACCAACUAUCAGGAAAUAUCUCCGAAGAAUUUGGCAUCUAUCCACAUAAUACCAACUGGGCUUGGAGAGGUAUCUCGUCUGCAAAAACUUUAUCUCUCUUCAAAUCACUUGCAUGGGAAGAUCCCUAG